AUGGGCACCUUCAUGUGUGGGGCUGCAGUCCUUGCAGGCAGCAUUAUUGAGGAUGCAGAAAGAGCUUGUCCUUAUCACGUAUCGGUGCUUACACAGACGCUUGACUCGGGAGGGCAGGUUCAGGCCUUUAAUCAUGAAUAUAGCCAGUUAUCCACACUGAAAAUUGCAAACAGAGGUCUCGGGGCUAACUGCAUGACCAGAAGUCUUUCAGGUAUUACAAAAUCGAUGACAGUUACCUGUGCAAAUUUAACAAAUGGAGGAAAAACAGAACUAUUAAAAUCAGGAAGCUCCAAAUCCACACUGAAGCAUAUAUGGACAGAAAGUAGCAAAGACUUAUCCAUCAGCCGACUGCUGUCACAGACUUUUCGUGGAAAGGAAAAUGAUACAGAUUUGGACCUGCGAUAUGAUGCCCCAGAAACUUAUUCCGAGCAAGAUCUCUGGGACUGGCUGAGGAACUCCACAGAUCUGCAAGAGCCUCGACCCAGAGCAAAGAGACGGCCCAUUGUCAAGACUGGGAAAUUUAAGAAAAUGUUUGGCUGGGGAGAUUUUCAUUCCAACAUCAAGACUGUGAAGUUAAAUCUAUUAAUAACAGGGAAAAUCGUUGACCAUGGCAAUGGGACAUUUAGUGUUUACUUCAGGCAUAACUCCACUGGUCAAGGGAAUGUAUCUGUGAGCCUAGUGCCCCCUACAAAAAUAGUGGAAUUUGACUUGGCACAACAGACAGUGAUUGAUGCCAAAGAUUCCAAGUCCUUUAACUGUCGAAUCGAGUAUGAAAAGGUUGACAAGGCUACCAAGAACACACUCUGCAACUAUGACCCUUCAAAAACGUGUUAUCAGGAGCAGACCCAGAGCCACGUAUCAUGGCUCUGCUCCAAGCCCUUUAAAGUAAUCUGUAUUUACAUUUCCUUUUAUAGUACAGAUUAUAAACUAGUACAGAAGGUGUGUCCUGAUUACAACUACCACAGUGACACACCCUACUUCCCAUCAGGGUGAGGACCAACUUCUGUCUGAGACUGAAGCCUGGGGAAUAAGAGGUUGUAUGACAGGUCUGUAACCUCAAGGAGGAAGGCCACAUCUAUUGCCUGGAAUGUGUCUACCUGCUGCUGCUGCUGUCAAAUGGCUGCAAAUAUGUUAGUGGAAAACAAUCUGAUGUAAUUUUUGCCCAGUCAGCUCCAUGUAUCAAUCUAGGUGUAAAUCACUAUGGAUUUGAAAUAAAACCAUACACAUACACAGAGACACACAUACUUUUCAGUGCACAUUACUGAGAUUCCUAUUAAGAAAGCUUUCAUUGUCUCAUGUCUAAGGUUUAAGGAUAACUUCUCAUCAAGCAAAAUGGAUUAACUAGACAGAACAAGGUUUCUAACGCAGACUGUCAUGGAAAUCUCCUUGAAAGUCCUUCGAGUACAUGCCAAUCAAUAAUCCCCACUCAUGCAUUCUACUGCUUGAAGUAGCUGUACUGGUAAACAAUACUGUAGGAGUAAAUACUUGUUAAAAUGGGAAAAAUGUGUGUCUAGAGCUCAGUAUUUCUUAUUAUAUGAACACAGCAAAGCGUCAUGACUUUUUCCAGCACACAGUAGGCACAUUCGAGGUGGUGUUCGGUGGCUCUUUUUCCGUGGAGUGAGCCUCUUCCUAGUAAAGAUGGGCAAACAUUUGGAAUUUACAUGUGAGCAGACAUACUGGUUUCAUGUUUCUCUGACUCUUUAAGCUCUGAUUCUUUAAACUUGUUUGAGUUUAGGCCAAGUUACUUAAAAACUGCAAUUGAUCUCUAAGAAGGAAAAUGCCUGGCGGAGAACAUGUAAGUUAUAAGUGGCUGUCUUAUCUUUAUUACAAAAUAUUGUAACAAAUUCAAUAUCCUAGUCUUCAUUUGUAUGAAUGGUUUGUAUUGUACAUAAUUUAACCAGUGUUAUUUGAGCUGCUUAUUAAUAUUAACUUGUAAUUGUCUCUCUGCUUGUUAUUGGUUAAAAACAAUCAAGGAAAUGAGGAAUCCAUUUUAUCAAUGUAGCUGUAAACUCCAUUAAAAGACAGAACUAUGUACAAAGCAUUUAUUCAGCUAAAGUAUUGUUGAAAGCUAUACAUAUACAACAUUACUACAGUCUGUCUGUAUUUAGAUAUUUUAUUUCCAGAGAAAAAUGAACUGUAUAUAAAAAUAAAAAAUCUUAAAGUUGAGUUUCAA